CAUCUCAAAUUCUCAACGCUGGCUCUACUCAUCUUCAUAUACAAGCACAAGUCCAUAAUCACCUAUCAAGAAACAGAGGUUUAAGACACAAACAGAUAGCUAGGACUAGCUAGUUCAUCCAUCCACCAUGACUAGCCACAGAGGACUAACAACAACAACGCUGUGCCUCGCCAUAGCGAUUGCUGCAGAGCUCCUCGCUGGGAGAGCAGAGGGGCAAUGCCAGAACACCAAGUGUGGCGACGUUGAGAUCCCUUACCCAUUCAGCACCAGCUUGGACAAGUGCGCCGCGUCCGCCUUCGAAUUCGACUGCAACGACACCGGCAACGGCGUCUACAAGCCCUUCUACGGAAAUGUGGAGGUGCUCAGCGUCUCCCUCCAGCUUGGCCAGGUCCGGGUGAUGAAUCACAUCUCCUCUUCCUGCUACAACUUAUCUUCUAAGGAGAUGGACUCCGACACGUGGCAGCUCAACAUGACUGGCACGCCGUUCAUGCUCUCCGACUCCAACAAGUUCACGGUCGUCGGCUGCCGGACACAAGCCUACAUCGCCGACCAGGAUUACGUGGGGAAGUACAUGAGCGGGUGCGUGUCCGUGUGCCGGCGAGGUGAUGUGUGGAAGGCGACAAACGGCACCUGCUCCGGGAUAGGCUGCUGCCAGACGGCCAUCCCAAAGGGCCUGGAUUACUACCAGGCCUUCUUCGACGACAGCAGCAUGAACACGUCGGGGAUCUACAACCGCACCCCCUGCAGCUACGCGGUGCUAAUGGACUCCUCCAACUUCACCUUCUCGACCACCUACUUGACUACAUCGGAAUUCAACAACACCUAUGAUGGCCGGGCGCCUAUGGUGCUCGAUUGGGCCAUCCGGAGCGCCAACAGUUGUGAGGAGGCAUGGAAGAAGAUGGACUCUUACGCGUGCAAAAGUACCAACAGCGAGUGCUUCAACUCAACCAACGGACCUGGCUACACCUGCAACUGCUCCAAAGGGUACGAAGGCAAUCCUUACCUCGAAGGACCCAACGGCUGUCGAGAUAUUGAUGAAUGUCAAGAUUCCAAGACUCAUCAUUGCUAUGGAGAAUGCCGUAAUAAACCUGGCGGUUUUGAUUGUAACUGUCCAGCGGGCAGCAAAGGAAAUGCUACCAUUCCAGAUGGAUGCCGAAAAGACUUCCGCUUGCCGCUAAAAGCACGACUGGCAAUUGGAGCGGUUAUCUGCGUAUUAGUUGGCCUCUUUAGUUUCCUUGGAUGGGAAGUGAUACGCCACAAAAGGAGCAUAAAAAAACAAGCACUAUUAAGACAGACUCAUGAAUUUUUUCUACAGCAUGGUGGCCAGCUACUUCUGGAAAUGAUGAAAGUAGAGGGUAAUGUUGGAUUCACCCUCUAUGAGAGAGGGGAGAUUGAGACUGCCACAAGUAACUUCAACAAGGAACACAUCAUCGGUGAAGGUGGCCAGGGAACUGUUUAUAGGGCGGCCUUGAACGGAGUUAAUGUUGCAAUAAAAAAGUGCAAGGAGAUCGACGAGAGCAGAAAGAUGGAAUUUGUGCAGGAGUUGGUCAUACUUUGCCGUGUCAGGCAUCCCAACAUUGUCAAGCUACUUGGAUGUUGCCUCCAGUUUGAGGCGCCCAUGCUUGUGUACGAGUUCGUGCAGAACAAAACACUACAAGAGUUACUAGAUCUCCAUAGGAGCAAGAGGUUCCAUGUAACUCUUGGAACCCGCAUGAGGAUCGCUGCAGAAUCUGCCGAGGCACUUGCGCAUCUUCACUCGUUGCCACACCCUAUAAUCCACGGCGAUGUGAAACCAUCCAAUAUCCUACUUGCUGAGGGAUUGAUCGCAAAGGUGUCUGACUUUGGCUGCUCGACAAUCGAUGAGAAUACUCAAGCUGUACCCAAAGGAACACCAGGGUAUAUUGAUCCAGACUACCUACUAGAGUACCAACUCACAUCUAAGAAUGAUGUAUAUAGUUUCGGAGUUAUUCUUCUUGAGCUUCUAACUAGUAAGAAGCCGCUGUCAAAAGAUAGGAAGAGCCUCACCUUGAUGUUUCAGGAGGCAAUGGCAGAGGGCACACUCUUUGAGCUCCUUGAUAGUGACAUGGUUGAUGAAGCUAGUAUGAGAGUGAUGCAUCAGGCAGCUGUUCUAGCAAGUCAAUGCUUGGUUGUUCCAGGUAUGACAAGGCCGACAAUGGUGCUGGUGGCAGCGGAGCUCCGGCGCCUAGCACUAGCUGAUGAAGUGCAACAAUGCCCACAACCGCCGCUUGUACUUGAGGAUUUGAGCUUUGUGGAGAUGGGAAGCACAACCAGUGGAGUUUAUAGCCUUGAGAAGAAAGCUGUGUUGAGCAUAGAAUUUGCAAGAUGAUCUAUAGACAGUUUGUUGUAUUGAUUCCCGCGCGUGGUUUGUAGGUGUGUGUUAGAUUGAGUUUUCUUCCUAGUGAUGAACUGAAUCUGUAAAAUAGCAUAGUAGCAUUUAGGUGCGCUUUAGAAUUAAAGAUAAACAUAGUUGUAAUAAAAUAACUAGUGAUGGUAUUUAUACAGUUCCAAAGUGAGCACAA